GAUUUUGGAGCGCUAUGUCCAAGAUCAGAUUCCUGGUGCGACGGUCGUGGUGGAAUCCAUUGGUGCGCGGAGGUUUGGGGAUGGGUACUCUGAAGAGGAUUACACCAAGUCUGACCUUAUGGUCUACGCAAUCGACCCGCAAACAAAUAGAGCUAUAAUGAGGAACGAACUUUUUAAGUUCCUGGAUGGCAAGCUGCUGGACAUCAAUAAAGAGUUUCAGCCAUACCUGGGGCAGGGGGGUCGCAUCCUGGAAAUCCGCACCCCAGACGUGGUAGCAAACGUCAAGAAGCAGGCGCAAGCUGUAGGCUACACGGAAGGGGCGUUACUUGCUCUGGCCGUCAUAAUCAUCCUUUGCUGUGUGCCAGCUAUUCUGAUCGUUAUGGUCAGCUACAGACAGCGACAGGCUGAAUGUGCAAAGACUGCAAGAAUCCAGAUGGCUUUACCAGCAGGCAAACCAGCAAGCACCGCUGCCAAUAACCUCUAUGAAGAGCUUGGCGACAGCACCAUGCGAGGAUAUGCACAGCACGAGCAACAGCAGUUGCUGAGACCUUCUCUUCUCAGACCAGAGGAGUUAAGUAUGGAGUCUGGAAUUGAUCCAGGGCAGGAGUACUAUGGACAAGAUUACUACAGUUAUGAGCAUGGGUAUGAACUGCCUCAGUACGGGAGCCGCCGCCGGUUGCUCUCUCCUUCGGGGAUGUACGAUGAGUAUGGGGAAGUUGUGGUGGAGAAUGACAGUGGCUACUACUACAGUCCACAUGGAUCGACAGCAGAAGAGGCGAUGAGUCAAGGCAGAGGUCCUUCAAGCAGAGUUAUAAGCCAGAGAGCAGGGGCUCAAAUAGAAAUCAGACCUUUAGGUGGUGGGAUGGAGUUAAGACAUGGUUCUGGAAGAGCAUAUAGGACCAGCCAGGGAAAAAGGAAACUAAAAGCAGUGAUGCAUGUAAGCCGCAUAGCAGUCAGUACUCACAAACCAGUAGGAAGAACUGAGUCUGCCCGUUCUCCGUGGAAGAAAGCAAAGAUAUUCCCCAUGAUUCUGCAGAAGGUGAAAGGCGGUAGGAAAGAUUCCAGUUAUGCCAAGUUGAUGUCAGCUUGCCAAGUGGACGGUGAGAAAAGCAUGAUUAUCAGGGGAAGUUACUUCCAGAAACCAACAGAUGACAGACCUUCAAUGAGAAAACUAAAUCAUGCAUUAAAACACAUCAGUGUCUUCAGAAAAUUUCAAGAGCCUAUCAGCAAAGAUUCAGUGCCUACAAGAGGAGAAGGAGAGGAAGAAUAUGGAAGAGAUGAAGCAAAAUCAGGAGUUUCAAUAAGUAUCACAGCAGAGAGUGAACAUGAGGGUAGUGAUUAUGAGGAGAAGAAAAAGAAGAGCAGAAGAUACACUUCAGAUGAAUCAUCUGUGAAGAGUAGUAGCUCUGACUUGGAGUCAGAAGACAAAGACUACUUGAAAAUAACUCUGGACCAAGAUGAAGCCACUGAAAGUACUGUGGACUCUGAUGAAGAAACUGGGCAUGAUUUCGGGGAUUCUGAUGAUGACUCUGGAUCCAGCUCUAGCAGUGAAUCAGAGGAGGACUUAUCUGAAGAGGAUGAUGACGAGGAUGACUCUGACAGUGAUGAAGAGGAUAGCCUGUCAAAGAGCUCAUCUAUGCGAAGUUCCUACAGCAAAUCAGGGACUAGCGAGUCCAGCAGUAGAAGCAGCACUGAAAGAUCCAGUAUAAAAAGUAGGGGAGGUAGUUCUUGUGGCAGAGUGAGGCGAUCCAGCCAGAAAUCAAAUAUUAGCUCUAAUGCAUCAGGUAGUGACAGGGACACAAGCUACAGGAAAACUUCAGGAUCCAACUAUAAGAGCAAAACAUCCCCUGCCAGCCUUGAAAUAGAAGAUACAAUAGAAGAGGUGUCAGAAGAAGAUGAACAAGCGGAUACGGAGCAAGCCAGCACAGGCCUUGAUGAGUUGGCAGGUAACUCAAAUAUGGCAGUUUCUGAAACAUCUGCCAAUGCAAAAACUGUUGCUUCUGAAGAAGACAAGAGAGGAAAAUCAGCUCUUAAUGGUGAGGAUAGCGUGAAUGAAAGCACAGAAGAGGUUGAUACAGAUGCUAGUGACAAGGAGGAAACCAUCAGUAAGAAUGAAUCUUCUUGCCUAGAAAGUGAAGUCAGUGUUACUUCCAAAGGUACUGAGGGGACAAAAAGCACAGCUAGCACCACUUCUGGUAAAACUGCUUCUUCCCCUGAUACUGAGACUCAAAGUUCUGGCAACAACAUGAAAAGAAAGAAAAUAAGAAAAAACAUGUCCCAGGAAAACAGUCAGUCUCAGUCAGACGAGCCCCUGGAUACUGCCAUUACAGAGUCAGAGACUACUGGUACCAGUGAUGUACAAGACAGGAAAGCAGAGUGGGCCAGAAAGAAAAGGAUCAAGUUGAUAGUUGACCCAGAGUAUGAGACCAGCUCCACUGGAGAAGACAGCGCUCCUGAUUCUAGCCAGAGGAAUCGUCUUAAUAACCCAAAUAUUCAAAACAACAUCAACGGUAACAUCUACAUUGCACAGAAUGGCUCUGUUGUCAGAACCCGUCGCAUUUGCCUUGGUAAUAAUUUAAAAGUCACAUCUCCAGUGAGGCUGGGGAAACAGUUCAAGAAACUGGACAAGCUUGCAGUGACACACGAGGAGAAUGUCCCACUGAACACAUUGUCAAAGCGACCAUCUUCUAGUGAUAAAAUGAACGCAAGACCUUGCAGUGUCUCAUUUGCUUCCUCUACUAUAGGGGCCGAAAAUACAGUAACAAAGCCAGGGGGCUCCAAAAAGAAAAGCACAGAAGAGCACGAAUCAGUAGUUGAUAACGAGGAUGUCAAAGAGCCCUUGGAGUUGCACAGUGAGCACACACAGUCAGACGAAGAGGAGCUCUGGAUGGGCCCUUGGAACAACCUUCACAUACCAAUGACAAAACUGUGAUUUUUAUUUUUUUUUUAAUUUUAAUUUUUACUUCAGUUUAUAAUAAACUGCGCUUUUUAUUGUCACUGAGGAAAAUGUAUGAAAUUUGUAUUGUGCACAUACGUUGUAUACUACAAACAACACACUUUAAAGUUGAAAAACAAAACUUGCACUCACAUUUGUACCAGUUGUCCUCUCCAACAACUAUUUUGACAGGCUCCUGUUUCACUAAACAACACUUCAUUUAAAGUAAUUAGAUUUUUUGGAUCUUGAGUUAUUGUUUAAUAAACAGUAAACUACUAAUAAAUGCACAGCAACAUUGGGUUAACUUUUCAGACAGUUCUAUACAUGCCUAGCUUGUUUUUCUGUAUGGUACUUGUGGCUAUACUGUUUAGAUUUGGAAAUUGUCUAUUUAUGUUCAAGAUUUAUAUCCAGAGCUCUUGAUUCUGAACUCAGAGUAAUAAAUUAAAAAUAAAUUCAUG